AUGAUUGUCUUGCUUGUAACUUGCCUUGUUGCUCUUCUGUGUCCCACCGUCCGCAGUGCGGACGCUCCAUUGGUAUGGUGCUAUCACAAGCCAGAGUGCAAUUUUACCACCUGGCCCAAGAUUUCCUCACAAUAUUGCAACGGAUCCCAACAAUCUCCCAUUAAUAUUGUGACUGCAAGGGUUCAGGAAAAUCCUAACCUCACCGCUUUUAACUUAACUGGUUUUGAUGACAACUCCACCUUCCUGUCAAUAGCAAACGCUGCUGACUCUGUGGUGGUCAACCUAGAUGAUGAGAAAAUUAAAGUGCAAGGAGGGGACCUUCCUGGUGUAUACAACACCAAACAAUUCCAUCUCCACUGGGGUAAAGGCAGCUCCUCGCCUGGCUCCGAACACACGGUGGAUGGCAAACAAUACCCAAUGGAGCUCCACAUUGUAAGUGUCCAUUCAAAAUACAACGGGAACGUGUCAGCUGCUCUAGCUGCCAAAGACAGCACAGGAUUGGCUGUUCUUGGUUUCUUCAUUGAGGGAACCAAUGAAGUGAACAAAACAAAAAGCUGGGAUAUCCUUACAUCCUAUUUGACAAACAUCCGCAAUUCAGGUGAGCAAACCUCAGACAUCAUGAAUCAAAUCACACUGAACAGUCUGAUCGAAGGUGUGGACAGGACUAAAUAUUACCGUUACCAAGGGUCUCUAACUACCCCCGGCUGUAAUGAAGCUGUGAUUUGGACUGUGUUUAAAGAGCCUGUCAAAGUCAGUCACGACUUUAUAAACCGCUUCAGCACAACUGUCUUUUUCAAAGAUGCAAAUGCUUCAAUUCUGAACACCUACAACUUCAGGGGAGUUCAGCCCUUGAAUGGCAGAGUUGUGACAUCACAGGUCACAGUGACGUCUGCAGCACCUCCAUCAUCCACUUUAUCUGUUAUCACCAUACUUCUCUUGUCCAGUUUGUAUUGGCUAAAAAGAUUCUAUGUUCUUACUUGUUAUAGUUACCUGUACAGUGUUUGUAUGGUGUCGUACAGCAUGAAAAUGAAUGCUUUGUUCAUGACCUGCUUUGCAGCUUCUCUGUUUCCUUUGUCAUAUGGCGCACCAAUAUCCAUGGAUUGGUGUUAUCACAUGCCAUCAUGUAGUGAUGUCGUUUGGCCCAUAAUCGCAGAAAAAGACUGUAAUGGAACGCAACAGUCUCCAAUAGACAUCAUAACCACCAAUGUUGAGGCUAAUGCUAAUCUGACCUCCUUCAUCUUCACUGGCUAUGACGAUGACACAACUUUGACUGAGAUUAAAAACACUGGCACCACAAUUAAAGUUACACUAGAUCAUGAGAAAAUGCAUGUGGAAGGAGGGGAUCUGCCAGGCUUGUUUGCCAGUACGCAGUUUCAUCUUCACUGGGGUAAUGGUAGUUUCAUGCCUGGAUCUGAACACAUGGUGGAUGGAAAACAAUACCCUAUGGAGCUGCACGUCGUGAAUAAGUUUGUACAUAAUGGUUCAACUAUAUUGGCUGUUCUUGGUUUUUUCAUUGAGGCCACUUAUGACACGGGCAAACCAGAGAGCUGGAAGACCUUGACCUCUUACUUGUCAGAUAUCGCCAAUGCAGGUGAUAAAGCAUGCAUCACUCAAUAUAUCUCCAUGGAUGAUUUGCUUUCUGGAGUUGACAGGACUAAGUAUUACCGUUAUCUUGGCUCUUUGACAGUACCAAACUGCAAAGAAGGUGUGAUUUGGACCGUUUUCAAAGACCCCAUCAAAGUCAGUUGGGAUUUGAUCGACCUGUUCAGUACGAGUGUUUACAUAAAGGCAACCGACUCUCCCCUAAUGGUGGACACAUUCAGAAGUGUUCAACCGGUCAAUGGCAGGAUUGUGACGUCACAGGUGGCUGGUACCAGAGCUAUUGGUCCUGUUUUACAAAUGGCAUCCGGUUUGGACUUUCUAGACCUCUCUUCUGAAAUCCAUACCCCUGAACCUUACAUUGAGUUUGAUUUAGAAACCACAUACUGGUAGGAUUGAGUGGGUUGACAAUCAUGCUAAGUGAUUUAUUUUAACAGAUUGUGAAAAAAGACUACUUUUAACAAUUAUACUUGUUCUGUAUAUGUCUGGUAAAAAGCCAGAUAUAGCCCGUUUUAUUGAAAAGUAUUUUAUGAUCUCUUGCUAGUUCAUGUAUGCAUUCAUCUUAAUUUUGUUCCGACACCACUUAAGUUACUACUUUAGCUCCAUGGGUAUGUAUAAAUUGUUUUGGUGGGGUGUUUUUGCUCAACAUUUGGCAUCUUUUAAUGCCUUUCUCAAUUCAGCACUUAUAAGCUUUUAGGUUCGUACUGUAGUUAAAGGUGCAGAAUCCUCAUUUAAGAGUAAAUGGGGAGCUAAAGCCAUAUUGUAAUCUUAGUUUGGCAAUACUAGUUUGGGUAAUGCAAAGACGUGUGAGGGUUUGCAAUUUAGCAUAUGUAGUUUCGACUCCUUUCCAGUAGCACUUUUUCUUCCACAACCACCCCCCCACCCACACACACACACACGCGCACAUACAGCUUGAAGUUCACACCUCGGAGUAUCACUUUGGUUUUGCAUUAAUAUGUAUGGUAUAUGAACAAGCAGUUUGGUGUUCUUUUAAAUGUUAGUCUGUCCUCACCAAUGUGUAACUGGUUUCUCAAAACACUUGUGCUUUGAUUUCAACAAAUCCAUAAACCUUUUUGUCUUAGCCAUUUUAAUGUUACACAAAAUAAAGGUCUCAUUCUUAA